AUGACUGUAGACGCGGCUGUGGCCGGUCCAAGUCGGCGUAUUUUACCACCACGUCGGCGAUUUACUUCUGCUCCAACGGCUCGGUAUUCUCCCCCACAUGAUCGGAAGGUUCCUCAAAUUCGAAGAUCACCAAAGGCAAUUCCUUCCCCCGCUAUUCCGAAAACUUUAGUUUUACGGAAGUUUUGCACGAGAAAAGGUUCCUCAGCAAUGCAGAAUCAACGCCAUUCACCGUCAAUGGAAAGCCCUGACCUUCAUCGGUUUGGCGACAGUCCUCGAAGUGGAUCAUUCAACCAGAGCGAGUUGUACGACGACUUAAUCAUAGACGAGAUUCUGUCGCUUGAAGACGAGCAGAGGAGGACCAGCGGAAAGACUCAGCCUCUUUCCGGCAGCUAUUCAUGUGCGGACAAUUUGACGCAGCUCUCCAAUGCUCGACCGAUUCCUGGCGCUCAAUCAUCUGGUUCAGGGCAUUCUGGAAGUCCUAUUACGAUUGGAGGCGCUGCACUGGGAUCAAACUUUCGCCAGGUGGUCUCGAGUUCUGCUCCCACUAGUUCGAUUGACAUGGACGCCAUGUUGAUGCAGUCCUCACAAGAAGGUUCAGGUGGUACUGGGGAUGAUUACUAUCGCGACAGAAGGAAGAAGGACAUUCACAAUAUGAUUGAACGACGGCGGCGCUACAAUAUUAACGAUCGCAUCAAAGAACUCGGCUUAAUGUUACCGAAAUCGUCUGCAGAGAACUUGAAGAUAAACGAUGGAUUUAGGGAUUUGAAACUAAACAAGGGCACAAUUCUGAAGGCGUCAUGCGAUUACAUUCGACAAUUGCAACGAGAUCGUGAGCUCAUGUUGAAACAGCAGGCUCAUCAACAAAAACUCGAGAGUGCGGCCAAACAAUACGCAGAGCGCAUUAGGGAGCUGGAAGAGUGCAUGGCACGACAAGGUGUGCAGCCUCCACCAGCACACUUACCUCCACUUCCCCGUUUAACCAGUAUUGAUCGACCGAUUAAGCAAGAAAUGGAUGACACAGCCUCGCCAAAUCACACGCCUUGUGGCUCCCUGGUAAGUUUAAACACUGCUGAGUCAGAAGUUCAUCGUUUGAUGUCAUCACUUCAGUCGUCUUCUGGAUUCAUGUCACAGUUGUCCGAUGGAACAGCAGCCAUGCAAAUCGCAAGUCCGCUUGGUAGACAACCCAUGCAGGUAGCAACAAGCCACUCGGAGAGCUAUUUUUCAGUUGGUUCCAGCAGUCCUACCGACUACGGAACACCACACACAUGGCGAGACCACAAUAUGCAACAACCGUUUCCUGACUUGAUGAUGGACGAUAUGACGACAUUGCAGGGAGGCAACCCGUUACUGACGGGAGAUCCGCUGAUCUCACAGGCUGGUGCCCAUCCUUCUCCACAUUUAACUGGCGGCAGUCAAAUGAGCCCGGAUAUCCAAUGGGAUCAGUCCGGUUUCAGUCCAGAAGGUCACAAUGGCCUUCAUCAACAACACAUGGAUUUUUCAUGA